AUGCCUCAACUAUCAACUAAUAAUGAAAAUGAUUAUAGACUAACAAGAGCCAAAAUUCAACAAAAUAAUUUACAACAACAACAACAAACUCAAUUAAAUAAUAAUUCCAGUGAUCCAAAAGUAAUUUUAUAUAAUAUUAAUACAUCACAAUUAGCAAAUCAUUCAUCAUCACAGGGUCCUAUGGAAACUUCAACUCAAGAAGAAAAUAUACCACCACCAAAUCAUCCCAUUGCAUCUAUAACAUCAACUAUAUCAGAACAAACAAUAAUAAAUAAUAAUAACAACAAUAAUAAUAAUUCAAAAAUAUCUUCAAAGCAAUCGACUAAAUCAAAAAUAACGCGUCAAUAUUUAGGAGAUGUUUCAAAUCAAUAUCAAACAACUACAAGUCAACAACAACUACAACAACAACAACAACUUCAGCAGCAGCAGCAGCAUCAGCAACAUCAACAAAAGCAAUUGUCACAAAAUUUACAAAAAAAGAGAAAAGCAUUUGGUGGUGAUUUAGCGUCAUUAAAUAAACCAUCAAAAUCAAUACCAAUAGCAUCAGACUCAAAUUCUAAUAUAAAACAGAAAGAAAGUUUAUCAAUACCAUCAAGAUUACCACAGAAGAGACAAGCAACAGAAUCAUCAACAAAUUUAGUUGAAAAAUUAAAAAUUCAACCAGAAUUUCCAAAUUCAUCAAUACAUAUAUCUGCAACAGCUACAGGAACAGCAUCAUCAAUCACAAACACAAACAAUAUUAACAAUAAUAAUUUAACUCAUAAAAAAUCAAAAUUAAUAGAUUAUGAAUGGCAAGAUUUAGAUGAAGAAGAUAAUGAUGAUCCAUUAAUGGCAAGUGAAUAUGUUAAUGAUAUUUUCACAUAUUUUUAUGAAUUAGAAACAAGAAUGUUACCAGAUUCUCAAUAUUUAUUCAAACAAAAAAAUUUAAAACCUAAAAUGAGAUCAAUUUUAGUUGAUUGGUUAGUUGAAAUGCAUUUAAAAUUUAGAUUAUUACCAGAAUCAUUAUUCUUAGCUAUAAAUAUAAUGGAUAGAUUUAUGUCAAUUGAAAUUGUUGAAAUUGAUAAAUUACAAUUAUUAGCAACUGGUUCAUUAUUUAUUGCAGCAAAAUAUGAAGAAGUAUUUUCACCACUGAUUAAAAAUUAUGCAUUUUUUACAGAUGGUUCAUAUACAGAAGAAGAAAUUUUACAAGCUGAAAAAUAUAUUUUAACAAUAUUAAAUUUUGAUUUAAAUUAUCCAAAUCCAAUGAAUUUUUUAAGAAGAAUUUCAAAAGCUGAUGAUUAUGAUGUUCAAUCAAGAACUUUAGGUAAAUAUUUAUUAGAAAUUACAAUAAUUGAUUAUAAAUUUAUUGGAAUGAAACCUUCAUUAUGUUGUGCAUCAGCAAUGUAUUUAUCAAGAUUAAUUUUGGGGAAAUUACCAGUAUGGAAUGGUAAUUUAAUACAUUAUAGUGGAGGAUAUAGAAUAAAUGAUAUGAAAUUAUGUAUUGAAUUAAUGUUUCAAUAUCUUAUAUCACCAAUUGAACAUGAUGAAUUUUUUAAAAAAUAUGCAAUGAGAAAAUUUAUGAAAGCAAGUACAUUAUGUAGAAAUUGGGGUAAAAAAUUUCAAUUAGAAGGUAAAGAUUUAUUUGAUGAAAGAUUAUCUACUCAUCGAUUAACGAUUGAGGAAGAAUAA